AUGGAAAUGCGACAGCAGAAGGAUGCAGGUGGAGCUGUCCUCCAUUUUAAAUAUUUUGAUGGCAUUUACUUUCCACCAAAUGUCAUAGGGGACGUUAAGACCCAUUUAGACGCGAUAAAAAACCUUAAACAUAAAGAUGGAGAUGUUUUGCUUGAUACGUUUCCAAAAACAGGAACACACUGGACAUUUGAAAUUAUGCACAUGUUAGUAACUGGAAAGGCAGAAUAUUACCCCGAAAAGACUCUAGCUCUAGAGUUUGAGCCAAUUGAAAAACUUGACAACUUGGAAUCUCCCAGAGUUCACACGUCACACUUAUUUCCUCAACACAUUCCUCAGUCAUUGAUUGAUAAUAAAUCUAAAAUGGUAUACGUCUUUCGAAACCCGAAAGAUACUGCUGUGUCGAUGCAUUCUUUCAUGAAAAUCUUAAACGUCGAACUUCUACAGGGGUACGAAUCAACAUGGGACAAUUACAUCGAAUCAUAUAUGAAUGACAAAGUACCUUACAAUUCCUGGUGCGAACACGUAAAAGCGUGGUUGGAUUUCCAGAAAUCACAUCCGGGAUUAUCCAUACUUUUUAUCGCGUUCGAGGACAUGAAGAAGGAUUUACGGAGAAGCGUUCAGAAAAUUGCUGAACAUCUGGAAUUAAAACACAGUCCGGAAUUCCUAGACAAAGUGGCGGAAAAGUGUCAAUUUAUCAACAUGUCAAAGGGGAAGACAUGCGCGGAGGAGACAAAAAUGGGUGUUGGUGGAAAAAAUCCAUUUUAUAGAAAAGGUGACGUGGGAGAUUGGAAAAAUUAUUUCACAGUUGCGCAGAACGAGAGGUUUGAUGUGUUCUUAAAGGAAAAUAUGGCAGACAUUGAUCUAGAUAUAAAAUAUACACUCUGA